GUCCCUCGCUGUUGGCCCUCGUCGCCCAUCCCUGUCCCUGACCCGCCGUGUAUCGGUGCUGCCGCGCUUAGGGCACGGAGCCCAGCGGGCCCUGCUCGGUUAUAGUUAGCGACCUUCGCUGUCUCGGCUGUGCCCAACGCCUGCAGGCACUGGCAGCAGGGAAGGGCCACGCUGGGAAGGGGCUGGCUCUUACCUAGGUAGAUAACCAGAGAUGCAUGGAAUCUCAUUUAGAAUUCAAAUCACUGUGAAAGAACUUCUGGAUACAGAUGUACUUUUAAAGUUGUUAUUUCAUUUACCAGUCAGUUAUCCAUCAACUGUACCAGAUAUUUCUGUUAACUCAGACCAGCUUACAAGGGCCCAAUGUAUGGAUGUGAAAGAUAAAUUACUUGAACAAGCAAAGAAGCAUCUUUCUGAACCCAUGGUACAUGAUCUGAUUCUUUGGAUACAGCAGCAUCUUAAAGAUGUCAUUAAGCAAUCAGCAACAGUUUGCAGUGAAAAAACUACUUCCUCAAAAGGAACAAGUACAGAAGAUGGUAUCUGGAUGCUCCUUUUGCAUUUAGAUCACAUGAGAGGAAAGGCAAAAUACGUGAAAACUGUGGAAAAAUGGGCUUCAGAUCUAAGGCUGACUGGAAGACUGAUGUUCAUGGGCAAGAUAAUAUUGAUUCUUCUUCAGGGUGACAGGAGCAGCAUUAAGGACUAUUUGAUUCUUCAGAAAACUUGUAAGGUAGAUGUGGACUCAAGCGGAAAGAAAUGCAAAGAGAAAAUGAUGAGUGUACUGUGUGAGACAGAAGUACAAUCACAGCAUAAAAGGUUUCAGACGUUUGAAGUCAAAGAAUACUCAACACUGAAGGAGUUACAAAAGGAAUUUGAAACUGCAGGACUUACAACUCUUUUCUCUGAGUUUGUGCCUCCUCUCUUAAAAUAAAAUUAAAAGAAAACAUGGGACCUUUGACCAAAGCAGUAGUUGACUACAGAUGCUGAUGGAAGAUAAAAGGACUAAUGUGGCAAAUGUUGAAGCUUUUCUGCAAAAAGUGCCAGAAGUAGUCAUUCUCUUGCAAGAAGAAGGCAAUUCAUACAUUAAGACUCUGUUUUGCAGUCCCUGUUUUUCAAUAUUUUGUUUCUUCUCUCUCAUGGUAGAGUUUGUUGAUAAUGGUCUGCUAGAAAGCAUGAUUAAUUUUGCUUUGGGAGAUUAUAUGAAGAUAUUUCUGUAUAAAAACAUAGCAAACACAGAUUUCAAUAUGUAAGGACAGCAUAUAAUUAAUAUUCCUUAGGAGUUCAUUUGCUAACUUUUCAUUCUCCAUUUAAUUGACUGUAAAUGCUAGACUAUUGAUUUGAAGAAAAAACUUGUGUCCCUUUGGCCCUGAAAAAACUUAAAGUGUCUUUUUGAAUGUUAGUUUUAAUUCUAAAAUGUAUAAAAACACCUAACUGGAGAAUUUAAAUUCAUUAAAAAGCUAAGGUAAAGCCAAUGGUAAUAUUUGCUUUGAUAUUUUACAGAUUUCUUUUUGCAUUUUAUCUGGUUUUACUGUCUGUGCAUCUUUAUAUAUCUUGAUUCAAUUAAACUGUCAGAGCAGCAUAUAUACAGACUUCUGUCUCUCAAGACUUUGGUCAAGUUUUCUGGUUUGGUGGGGUUUUUUUGUUGUUGUUUGUUUUUUUGUUUGUUUUGGUUUUUUGUUUUGUUUUGGAUUGGUCACUGGCCUUGGCCAGCUUAUAGUUGUUUUUUUUUAAUCAGUCUGUGUUUUACAUUUACAUUUACAUUAGUAUAAUGUUACAAAUUAUGUACAUAAUUUUAUAAACUUUGCAAGUUGUGCAAGUUCUGUUUGCCUAGGGAGAAUUGGAUACUUAUUUCUUACAAUUAUUAAUGUCCUUUGGUUUCUGUUUUACCUGAAACUGUUCUCUAGCCAGGCUAGAUAAAUUAUCCAGUAAUAAAAAUUUUGCAGCCAUGAAUUUCUCAGUAACUAGCAAUGUCAUUUCAGUUGGUUUUAGCAUGUAGCUAAACAUGUGCUUUACUGCUCUCUAAAACUCACUCCUAGAAACCAACUGUCUCAUGUAUUCUUUGUAAACUAAACAGAUUUGAUCAAUCCAGUAUAAAUUAAUUUACUUCCAUUGUACUGGGGGAAGAUCAGGACACUUUGGUUAGUUUCUGUCCUGGAAAAUUAUUAUGUAAGAUAUGAUUUCCAGUUUCAUACUCAGACCAUGAAAUCAUACCUCUUUCUUUAUAUGUUCUGGAAAAGCAAACUCGUAAGACUUUUAGGGUUUACUUUUUUUAGGGUUUUUUUUGAGAUAUCAGAUGCAUAAGGGGUUGUAGACGAUUAGAGAGUUUCUGAAGUUUCUAAGGAGUUUGGUAAUUUUCCUAAUAGAGAGUGUCUCAAAUAUGUAUGUUGCAUGUUAUUUUGUGCACUGAUGCUUAUUUAAUGAGAUAAUAGCAAAAGUUCUUCUUAAUGAGCCUUUCAUGCUUAGCACUUGUAAUACUUUAGGCACAGUAGAAAACAGACUGGGUUGAACAGGUUUUACAAAUCUGUUUUGUAUUAUUUUGAAAUGGCUUCCUGAGAGAUAGGAAUCUAAUUUUCCAUUAUUUUAAAUGCAUGUGAAGAUGAAUUCUUACUGUUAUAAAGAAGAAUGAAACAGAAUUCUCUUUAAAAUAUUAAAAUAACAUAUAUUUUAAACUACAGUUUCCAGAAUUGAGCUGUUCUCAGGUAAAAUAGCUAUGUUGAAAAACUCUGUGUCAGUGGAGUAUAGUCUUGAAAAGAUGCCGGGGGUCUCUCCUUAUGCUAUGCGGAUCUGACAAGUAUCAAACCCAAGAAAAGGCCUAUGCAUGUACAGUACGAAAACAUAAUCAGUAUCUCUCUGCAAAACUAAAUGUUGUAAGAUUUUGCCAGAAGGAUUUCAUGUCCUAAGCCAAAUCUUUACUUUAAAACCCUCCAAAUUUCUGGAACAAGAAUAGUAAGGUACUUUAGCACAACCCAUAUCACAAUAUUUUGCCAUUAAAAUCUGCCUGGGGCCAUAUCCAACAUGCAUAUAAAUCUGUUGUAUAUGCUUUCUGUUGAUUUUGGGAAUAGGGUUGAAUAGCAUACCUACUCAUGUGAUCUCAAAUUGCAUGUGACUUAAAAAAUAAUUGAGGCAUAAGUUGUGGUCAUCUUUCUUGCAAGAUUAGAUGCAGACUCACUAAUUCUUUUCUCCCUGCAGAAAAGUCACUGUAAUUAGCUGCACAAGAAAAGCUAUUUGUAGGGUCAGUGGUUGCCAGUUGCACUUGAAUAUAAACUGAUGUAUUUUCUUGAGUUUUAUUGCCUGAUGCCUUCUUGGUCAACUGUUUGGCCAGAGCUGGCAUUCUCAAACAGCUAAUUAAAAAAACAGAUAAAAAGAGCAAAUGAGAAUUGGGUAAGUUGUAGCUCUCCUAAUCUGCGCUCAUCUUUCUGCCAAAUGAAAUUGUAAGAAGUUAGAUGAUUUCUAUAUUUCAGGAGUUGUAAAAUGCAGUUUAUACAAUGGAUUUUUACCAUAGUUAAAUUUGUUACUCACUAGCUUACAUUGGACAAAUCCACAAGUUCGGUGUAGGAAAGGACUGCAGGUUUUUUGCUUGGUUUGAUGUGCUUCAGGAGAAUUACAAAUCUGGUCAGCUUGAUACUGUUCAGACAGCAGAGAACAUGAAAACUGAUGUCAGUCUGAUUCUGUUAAAGCAAAUGCUUUUGCCUACCCAUCAGUCAGUCACUUAUUUUGAAGGGUAGGAGGAUAUCUUCUGUUCAGACGAGUAAACAAUGUUCUUCAAGGCUGUUCUUUUGGAAGGAUGUUGCAGCUGUCUGUUAACUGAUGGUUUGCUUGCAUUUAUUGUAAAAAGAGAUGGGAAAGCCUGUGAGCCCCUGGGGCACAAAAGUCGUCAAAAUAGGUACUGUGGUGCAUGUUCUGCCCUCCAAGGGAACUGAAGCAGACACAGAAGAAGAACAAAACAUGCAGAUACAGAAAAACAAAAUGCAGGGAAAAGUCAAAACUCUUGAGCGUUGUUAAAGAAUGCCUAUCAGAGUUUAAAAAGUUUGUGAAGUGUAUGUAACUAUCAGAAUCUGACAAUUCAGUUGCAAAGAAGAAGAAAUCCACAAAUCAAAAAUGAUUUAACAAAUAAGAAGCUAGAUUUCUUCUGGAUAUUGUUUUAUAAGUAGUUCUUCAAAAUGCAUGGUUAGUAAAGCCUUGUUUCUGGUGGCCUAUCUUGUUUCUAAACAAUAGCACACAUGAAGCCUUCCCUGCAGAAGAUAGAUUCCUGAUGGUAUUCUCCCAGGUGGGUUCCCGAGUGCCUGAUGUUGAUUGUGCAUAAAUUGAUUAUUGUUUGCAUGAAUCUUUAGAGUAUGAAUAGCAUUUCUUCAGCUGUUACCUCGUUCAUCAAAGUUUUAGGUACUUGGUUUCUUUCAGGUUGUUAACCUCUCAUUUUAAUUGAAAUGAGUUAAAUUAAAAAGUUCUGGGAGAACUUCAUAGUGUAAAUAUGCAUGCUUCUGUACAGACAGCAUAGAUAUGUAACCAUAGUUUCCUUUGAAAAUCAGGCUAAAAUGAAAGAUGUUGCAAUAGGAUUGACAACUUGAAUAAUCAAGUUUUUAGGACAAAAGUGAGGUUUGUUUGGUCUUUUUGAAUACCUUGGCGUAUUAAGUGUAAAGAAAACAAAAAAUGGGUUAAGAAAACAAGAAAGAUCUAGAGGAGGGAAGUGACUUUAAUGGAGGACAUAAUCAGUAUUAGGAAUUCACCUGCUUUUCAUAUUUAGUCUCAUUAAUUCCUGCAGCACCUCUGACUCUGAUUUGUUAUUUGAUGUUGGAGGAAGGACAGGACACUGUACAAACUCAUAUACGAAAAUCCUUGGCAUAAUCAAUUAAAAAUAAUUGAAAGUAGUUUUGAUUGUUUUGUGAAUAAGGCUGAUUUUUGCAGGUUUGUGGUUUGUCUCAUUUUCCUAUAAUAAGAUCAUUUGUCUCUUAUUUCUGACCUACAAAACUCAGAUUAGUAUAAAUUAUAUGCAGAAAUACUGUAAUGAACCUAAAGAAACUUCAUAGUGGAAAAAAUAUUUUGUUUAUGUUGUUUCCCUUAAAAAUAGUUUAAUAAACCCUGCAUAUAGGUGAUUUAAAACCGAGUGUCCCUUGAUUUGUUCAGCUUUAUCUGUGAAAAUACAAACAUAAUCAUGUUAUAGUACAGCUGAAAUAAGAUGAUGAAAGGUUGCACUCACUGUAUUUCUGCCAGAGUUUGAAACUGAAAUUGCUUAUAUUAUGAAAUAGUGCAAUUGCUGGAAUCAACUUUCAUAUAUCUUAUAGUAGUAUUAAGCAUUAUCAUCCUGUCUUUUAGUGCAUAACACAUGCAACACUGGCAACACUCUGUUCUGGCUUUAUAUUUUCUAUGUGUACAUAUUUUUAUGUUAUCUUAUGCAAGAGUUAUGAUUAUUUAUAUUAAUUAUAGACAUAAAUGGAACUUGAAAUGUGAAUAUGGCAAUGCCGUUUUGCAGCUGUUGUUCUGUGCUGUGUUCACGUAUUGGCUUUUGUAUUAGUUUGUGCUGUCUAACUUCAAAGUAUUAACCCACAGUGAAGAGAACUCUUCAGAAUGACAGAAAAAUUUGCCUAAAAGACAUUCAUUUAAGGAAUUCUUUGGACUCUAAAAAUGAAUACCUUAAUACUUGCAGUUAAUUAUGCAUUCAGAUACUUUAAUUUUAUGCUAAUAAGUUAACAACUGCUGCACUUAUUUUCUUUGUGUUUCUUAAUGUAAUACCUGUUAUCUGUUUGUAUCUUGCAUUAGAACAUAGCUGAUCAUGAAAUUGGAGUCAAUGUUUUAUUAGUAUUUCCCAUUCUAAAUGUCUAUGAUUCAUUAUAUGUGUGCAUUGUUAUCUAUUAUAACGUGAAUGCAAAGAGCUAUUUUAGGAUGAAACUUGAUACAAAAGAUCUCUGCAUGAGAACCAUAA